CCUAUUCUGGCCACGUCCUGCAUGGCAAGCUGCGGGGAAAGCGCACGAGAACGCUGUGGCAAUGGCUCCAGCCAAACGAAGAUGAAGUCUAGCAGCAUCCAGCCAGCAUUUUGUUCCCGCUCUACUUCAGCGAGCGCCGGCAGCCGAGGAGAGCAAGCCCGGCAGCUGGUCAUCGACCUGGAGACUCGAGGGAAGCAGGCUUUUCCUGUAUUCCUCUCGAUCCUGCGGGACACUGGACAGGGUGACCUCGCGGACAUGCUGAUUGAGGAGUGCGAAUGCCUGCCAGCACCACUGCAGCCGAUAGACCUGAGGCCUGUCGAGCUGGACUUACAUAGAGAGAAGCGUAAUAAGAUCCAAGCUGAGAGUGAAAGACCUCGAAUACCUCCUGCACCAGCCCGGGGUGGUCUGGACAUUGAUAAAAGGAACCAUGACCUGGUUUAUGAACUGAAAGCAAACCCAUGCGGACACUGCCUGAUCCUUAAUAACGUCAACUUCAGUAGAGAUUCAGAAUUGGAUCUGUCAACUCGAUAUGGCUCUGACGUGGACUGCAAGAAGCUGGAGAAGCGCUUUAAGGCCUUGUGCUUUGACGUCCAGACUCGACGGGAUCUGAAAGCUCAGGAAAUGAUUUUGGAGCUGCUGAAGCUGGCACGGCGGGACCACAGUGCCUUGGACUGCUGCGUGGUGGUCAUCCUUUCCCAUGGCUGUCAGACGAGCCAUAUUCAGUUUCCCGGAGCCGUUUACGGAACGGAUGGAAAACCCAUUCCAAUAGAAAAGAUUGUGAACUAUUUCAAUGGGUCCAAUUGCCCGAGCUUGAGAGGAAAGCCCAAACUCUUCUUCAUCCAGGCCUGUGGCGGAGAGCAAAAAGAUCAAGGCGUCACGGUGGAUUACAAGUUGCCCAGAGAUGAAGCUCCUGGAGGUGCUUUGGAGUCGGACGCGACUCCUUUUCGGGGUCUGUCGGGGAACAUGGACGAGCCAGAUGCCAUAGCCAGUUUGCCCACACCCAGUGAUAUCUUGGUCUCCUACUCAACUUUUCCAGGUUUUGUCUCCUGGAGGGAGGCAUCGAGUGGCUCGUGGUAUGUGGAAGCACUGGACGCUGUGCUGGAGCAGUAUGCCCAUUCAGAACACCUGCUGAACAUGUUGCUGCAGGUGGCAGACGCUGUCUCUGCCAAGGAGAGGUACAAGCAGAUCCCAGGCUGUUUUAACUUUCUCCGGAAGAGAUUCUUCUUCAUGUGCAAAUGAUGCCUGAGCUCUGAGGUGCCCGCUGAGUGCGAGCGUUACUUCCCUGCGGCCGGAUGAAAUCUGCGCCCACCGGUGCUCGGCAUUGAUGCUCCUGGAGCCCUUUGUCUGUUGAGAUGUUUGUCUUGAGAAACAUAACCUGCCAACGCUGUCCUUGCUGCGAAGUAGAGGUAAGACAGAGAAUGGCGCUGUGCCGAUGGGAAACAUUCAAGACAGAGCAGGGACGGGUGUGAAGGAAGGUCCUUUGACAGGCAUGUGCCGGCCCGGAGCCUCUGUGCUCACAGAAGACAGUGCCUCUAGCUCGUCGUGAUGCAGCCAUGCUCAGCCUCAGAGUCAUUUUGUGUCUUUGCCAGUAACCGAUCGACGGAAUUGAGGUCUGGCCCUUACGUGGAAUGACAUGAUUUUUGCAGUUGAUAGUUCUCGUUUUCAAUAAUGUGUAAUGAAAGAGGAAAGAGAUCUUUAGUGUUGGCA